AUGUCUCAAGAAGUCAAGGACAAAGGUCCUCAGGAGGUUGUGCACACAAUUGAGCUGGGCUCCCUCGGGGGCAGUGCCAGCAGUGCCAGCCUCCAGCCACUCUCUCAAACGCCCUCAGAGGCGCCACCACCUCCCCCGCCUCAUACAGUGUUGACGGAGAGGAAGAAAAUCAUGACCAUCGCUAUAGCGGCCAUUGUGGGCUUCCUAGCUCCGGUAUCAGCAAACAUCUACUAUCCCGCCAUCGACCAACUAUCAGACGACUUGCAUGUCUCCGUCAGCAAGAUAAACUUAACUAUCACCACGUACAUGAUCUUUCAAGGAGUUGCGCCGUUGGUGACGGGUAGUAUCUCCGACGUGUAUGGCCGUCGGCCCACGAUGCUGGUCUGUCUGAUCACGUACCUCGCCGUCAAUAUCGGCCUGGCACUCCAAGACAACUACAUUGCGCUCAUUAUCCUCAGAACCUUCCAAAGUUGCGGAAGUAGUGCCAUCUCGGUCGUUGGAAUGGCUGUCACGGCCGACGUGGUCACAAGAGCCGAGCGUGGUAAAUACAUGAUCUACUCGUCGCUAGGAAUAACAAUGGGACCUGCACUGGGACCUAUUAUCGGAGGUGUCCUGGCCCAGUUUCUUGACUGGCGAAGUAUCUUCUGGUUCCUAGCCAUCUUUGCCGCAGCGAUGAUAGUCUUGAUUCUUGUCUGCUUCCCCGAAACCUGCCGCAUGGUGGUGGGAAAUGGAUCCAUUCCCGCGCCACGAUGGAACCGUCCACUCAUUCCAAUCGUGGAGCCCUCAGCCUAUGAGGGAGCUGAGGCGGCUAAGAAAGAGCUGGAAGACGGGCCUAGGCCCCGUCGACCGUCGCCAGUAGACAGCAUCAAGAUCGCCUUUGAAAAGGAGACUGGCGCCAUCAUCGCCUUCUGCUCCAUCCUCUACUGUGGAUACUUUGCUGUCCUCAGUAGUUUAUCUUCAGAGCUGGGGGAGAAGUAUAACUACAACUCGCUCCAGAUCGGUCUGUGCUAUAUCCCGUACGGCAUCGGCAGUCUCACCUCACGGUGGACCGUUGGGCGAUUCGUGGACUGGAAUUUCCGUCGCGUAGGCCGGCAGCAUGGCUUAGAGGUGGCCAACAACCGCCAGACGGACCUCCUUGAAUUUCCCCUCGAAAAGGCCCGUCUUCAGAUCACCUUGCCGAUGGUCUAUCUGUCCUGCAUCUGCAUCAUUGGCUACGGCUGGGUCAUGAAUUACAGGACCCAUGUGGCUGGACCGCUCGUUAUGCUGUUUUUCACGGCGCAUACUAUUUCGGGAGCCACCAGCAUCCUGGUCACAUUGCUGAUCGACUGCCACGUAAAGCGGGCGGCGACAGUCACAGCUUCAAACACAAUGUUCCGUUGUUUUCUAGGUGCGGGUGCGGUUGCAGCUGCAGUGCCUAUCAUUGACGCAAUCGGUAUGGGCUGGAUGGGGACCCUGAUUGCUGUGCUGUGGGCAGUUGGCAGCAUCCUUCUUUGGGGUGUUCUACUCUGGGGCCACGACUACCGCAAGAAACUGGCGGGGAGGGUCUGA